UGGACGGUGAGAUGACCCAAACUCAAAGUCAAAGUGCAGCUUCUUCUUAUCUUCUAAAGGCAAACAAAAUUGCAGAUCUCAUCCUGAAUUUCCGGAUAAACUUUUGUGGUAUCAUACUUCACACUUAAGCUAAAAUGCUGUCGUCUGUUACCAAGGCAAGUGGGCCAGGGUUGGCGGAGGUACAAAAGGUGGAAUGGGGAGCUAAAGAGAUCCAUUUAGCAGAUGACAAACAUAUAGUGUCUGAGUUGCCAAGAUGUCCAAACUGCUCUUCAUUGAUUGCAUUGUAUUUGCAGGGGAAUUAUGAGCUGACAGCUAUUCCUCCCCUAUUCUUUCAGCGCAUGCAACUUCUCCAAAUAUUAGAUUUGUCCCGUACUAGCAUCAAAUCUUUGCCAAAAUCUCUUCGUAAGUUGUUUGCAUUAAAAAAACUCUUGUUACAAGGUUGUGAUCUCUUCAUGGAACUUUCACCUCAAGUUGGGAAACUCAAAAAUCUUGAAGAGCUUCAUCUUGAUGAAACUCAGAUCAUGGGUUUGCCUAAAGAGACUGGAAAGCUACUCAAGUUACAACUAUUGAAAGUAUCAUUCUAUCAUUUAUGUGGCAAAAAGACGUUGAAAUCGGACAUUUUGAUUCACCCUGAGACGAUAUCAAAUCUCUCACAACUUGCAGAGUUAAGCAUUGAUGUGAAUCCUGCAGACAAGAGGUGGGAUGAUUCCGUGGAAGCCGUUCUGAAGGAAGUGUGCAACUCAAAAACAUUGAGGACUCUUAGCUUGUACCUGCCCACGUUCCAACUUUUAGAUUAUGUAUCACUGAUAUAUCCUUCCUUGUCACGCUUUAGAUUUACUGUUGGCCAUCAUAAAAGGAGAAUCAUAUCUCGUGUACCUCAUGAAGUUGAAGCAGAAUUCAGAAAAUGGGACAAAUGCUUGAGGUUUGUGAAUGGUGAAACCAUCCCAACUCAAAUAAAAGGGGUACUGAAAUAUUCUACUUCAUUUUUCUUGGACCACCACACAACUGCUAUGAAUUUAUCUGAAUUCGGGAUCGAGAAUAUGAAGGGGCUAAAAUUUUGCUUGUUGGCAGAAUGUAAUAAAAUGGAAACCCUAAUUGAUGGAGAGAUGCAUUAUGAAAGAAAUGAAGAUGACCAAUCUGAAUCUGACCCUGGUUCCGUACAACAAAUGCUUGAAUCCCUAGAAUAUUUGAGCAUUUAUUACAUGGAGGAUUUGCAGUGUAUUUGGAGAGGAGCAGAUCGUUUUGUAUGUAUGUCUAAGUUGAAAUUCCUGGCGCUGCAUGCAUGCCCCCAGCUGAGUGAAAUUUUCAGCCUUACUUUGCUUGAAAAUUUUAUCAACUUGGAGGAGAUAAUUCUUGAGGACUGCCCCCGAGUCACAAGCCUUGUAAGUCAUGCUUCCGUGAAGCCUAUCAUGUCAGAUAAAAUAUUUCUUCCAAGUUUGAAAAGAUUGCUGGUUCUUUACCUUCCUGAACUGGUCAGCAUUUCUAAUGGCCUAUUGAUAGCACCAAAGUUGGAAAGCAUUGGCUGUUACAAUUGCCCAAAGCUUAAAAGUAUAUCAAAAAUGGAAUUGUCAAGCAAAACUUUGAAGAUAAUCAAAGGAGAAUGUGAGUGGUGGGAGGGUAUGAAUUGGAAUGAAACAGAGUGGGGAGAUGGGCCAGGUUAUCUGAUGCAUAUCUUUUCCCCUAUCGAUAACCAGAAAGAUGUGAUGACCCAAAUGGUAGAAGGUAGAGAUCCACACGAAGCAACCAUACAAAAUGAAGACCAACAACUAGGUGAUCAAAAGCCGCUUGAGGUUUCAACACAAGAUCAUCGAGGCCAGUGCUUGGAUUAUACUGAGGAGAGAAUGAUGGGGACAGAUGUGAAAGAACCUCCUUCGGGUUGCGUAUUUCCUUCCAAUCCUUUAUGUAUGACUUCCCAUGCACCAGAACAAGCAAGGAGCUUUACAUCAGGGAAUAACAGGAGUCUAGAAGAUGAUGAAUGUUUUCUGGUUCCAAAUAUUGUUGAAGUAGACGUAGAUGAAGAUGAACCUAAGGCCAAAAGAUGGAACCAUACUGAGAAUGAAAACAAGGGUGUCAUAGGUUCUGCAAGCAAAACCACGCGAGGGAAUAGAGCUGCAAAUCAAAUCAGAAGCAAGGUACUGGAUGAUGGUUAUAGAUGGAGGAAAUGGGGGCAGAAAAUGGUCAAGGGUAAUCCCUAUCCAAGGUUAUACUACCGGUGUCUGUCAACUUGUUGUCUAGCGAAGAAAUAUGUUGAGCGAGACUCCCAAGAUACAAGCUUUUUUGUCACCACCUACCAUGGGCUGCAUAACCAUGAUGAGUGGAAUUCCAGGGGGUUGUCUAAGUUGCACUCUCAACCUUGUAUUGAUCAUAGGGCCAAUAACGUGAAAGAUGCUGCUGAGGCAGCUAAGAGUAUCUGCCCUACAAAAGAAUAUGGAGAUGUAUUUCAAGCUUCAAUACAAGAUGAAGGAGCACACCCAGGUAUUCCUGAAGCUUCAAUACAAGAUGAAUCCCAACGUUCAGCAGGAGUUGAGCCACAACCCUCUGCACUGGAAAUCAUAGUGUCGGAGUCAACAGAGUCAACCCCGCUUCCUCUUACUGGAAGCCCCUUGAGUGGAGACUUUGAUCGUGAUUUCAAAGAACAGGAUCAGUUCAAUUUAGAUGCCUCCAAGAAAAGCGAAACUCAACAAGUCCAAGUGAGGCCUGGUUCAGCCUUGACUCCUGAUGAUAGUUUCUGUUGGAGAAUAUCUGAACAAAAAAAUGUCAUCGGAGAAAAAUAUCCAAGAAGCUUCUUCCGGUGUACCCACAGACACAACCAAGGUUGUUUAGCGACAAAGACAGUACAAAGAUUAGAUGAUGACCCAACAUUCUUUGAGAUUACUUACCAUAGAAAGCACACUUGUAAUCUAGCCUCCAAUGUCAUGCCUCCCACAGCACCUUCAAGAAAUCAAGAACAAGGAACCAGAAUAGAGCCACAGCAGCAGUAUAACCAGCUACCAGAAGAAAACCAGAAACAACAAUCGCAAGAUUUACUGGUUUUGCCAUCAACACCUGGACAAUGUGUAGAGCAGUCUUUGAAUCAGAAAAGCAAUUCAGGCAAUGACCAGCAAACUAUCAGUCAGGAAGACAAUAAUUCCACCAUUGUCUGUCAGGCAUCCUCACCUAGCCCCUCUGAUUCUUCAUCAAUGAGAUCUCAACUUUCUGCAGCAGCACUUUCAACUGCACAAUUACAAGCACAGAGAUUUGAAGAACCUUCCAAACAAAAUCAAUUAUACAAGAAACAUUAUCCGCCAAUGUUGGGAGAUGAAGUUUGGCGUCUAGACAUGAUUGGUAAAAAUGGAAUUAUUCAUAAAAGGCUAGCCUCUGAAGGCAUUAACACAGUGCAAGACUUCUUGAAAAUGUCGGUAGUCAGCCCUGGUGAGCUUAGAAGGAUUUUAGGCCCUAGAAUGUCUGACAGAAUGUGGGAUAAUGCAACCAAACACGCCAGAACUUGUGCUAUGGGAAACAAAUAUUAUGUUUUUCGAGGCUCAAAUUACAGAAUCUUGUUAAAUCCCAUUUGCCAACUAAUGGGAGCAGAGGUUAAUGGCAGUAUAUAUCCUACUCACAGCCUGAGUAACAUUGACACAGUAUAUCUUGAAAAGUUGGUGAGACAAGCAUAUGUAAAUUGGUCUUCCUUGGAAGAGAUAGAAGGAAUUUCCAAUGAAAUUAUUGGCCCUCUAACGCAAGAUAUCAUGGCACAAAGGAUGGGGGCAAAUGUGAUUAAUACAAUUCCACCUAAUUUGCCUGCUAUGCCUCCUUCUGGUCCUUGGUUACCUGAGCUUCCAGAUCACCCUGUUUUGAUGGACAACUCCAAUGUUUUGUCAUCUCCAACAACAGGAGAAUGUGUGGUGCAGUCUUUGAAUCAGAAAAACAAUUCAGGCAAUGACCAGCAAACUAUCAGUCAGGAAGACGAUAAUUCCAUCAUAGUCUAUCAUGCGCCCCCACCUAGCCACUCUAAUUCUUCAGCAAUGAUAUUUGAACUUUCUGCGACCACACUUCCAAUUGCGCAAGUACAAGCACAGAGUUUUGAAGAACUUGCCGAACGGAAUCAAAGCAAGGGGAAUUUACAAUUUCAAGCAUGUUGCUACAAACAGGACUCUGAUUUAACUAAGAGUGGAAAAGCAGCUGAUGCAUAUACUUGGAAGUGUCAUGGCACCAAAGGAUUGAUUGGAAAUAGAAGAAAAAGUUUUUACAGGUGUGCACACCCUGGUUGCCAAGCUAAGAAGUCAGUUGAGAGGUCACUAGAUGGGAAGAGCUUCAUAGUGCAUUCUAGAGCUUCGCAUAACCAUCCCAAGUCACUACCUACUAGAACUUCAUCACUAUCUGCAUUUUCUCACAUUCGGGCUUCCAAUCAUCUUACCAUCAAAAUCCCGGACAAGUCCUCUGUCACAUAUGAAGGUGGACAAAUGGAUAUGGAUGGAUUGGUGUUUUUUGUGAGAUCAGUGGAGGAUGAAACAGGACUUCAAAAUUUAAUGGAUAAAAAAUCUGAUCAGCCUUCUGAUAGACAUAAAGCAUUCGUUGGUUUAGGUGUUCGUAAGGCCAAAACAAGUUUUAGGAAACGUGCAAAAACAACCGUGUUCAAGUUAUCAAGCGAUACUAAUUUCAGGGAGAUGAUGCAAAGUUUCACUGGAAAGCAUACGAAUGAAGUACAGGAAGAAAAAGUAACGAGAGGAAUCCCUAGGAAGAAAGCAUGGGAUGCAAACCUGAAAGAAAUCAGUGGCAAUGAUAUCCAUUGUGUAAGGGAGAAUGUAGGCUGAUGGGACGAGUCAACCGGAAGUCAUACAAGCUGAUCAUCCAAUCAUACGCUGCAUUCCCAGAUGAAUAUCUUGACUUGGGUUGGUACUACAAAUAGUAUUAUACACAUUUUAAUACUAAUAAUUUGAAAAUACUGUAUGCCUUGUCAGAUACCCAUUUGGCAUUCGGCGCCUAUUCCUAAUAUUAUAUUGAAAGAAAGGAAGAAAAUAUUGUACGGAGUGCAAAAUGUUUUUAACUAUUUCAUAAAUAUGUAUUUAUAAAUAAAUAAAACUAAUAAAGUUUUUUCCUUUUCAUCUAA